AUGGCACUGUCUUCAGCCGCAAGCAAGAGCGGCUGUGAAGACAAUACACGUGCAGUGACCAAGUUGAAAACAAGCGCAAGUGCAACUACAACUCCAGCCGUGGGCACCACCCACUCGGCUACACCAAGCCAAGCGUUGCAGUUUGAUGCCGGCCCGUCACUCGUUGACCUUUUCCAUUCGGCAAAGAAACUACUCCAUCUACAGUCGAGAGUCGAAAAUAGACAACUACGGAAGGCCAACAGCAGAACCCAGCUCAACCAUCUUGCCUACAUGAAGUCCCUGAAUAGCCAGGAGUUUGUAGUGUCGCCUGCUGUCCACCACAGGAGGAUACCGGACCAAAAUGAUAAAACGGCGUUGGAUUUGCUAUCUCCCUUGUCUAUAGAUGAGUUGCAAAACAACACCAUAAAGAUAAAACCGGAGCAAGCAAACGGGGCAAAUCAAAACAAUACUAGUAAUAAUACUAAUAAUAACAGCAACACCAACAAGACUUUAUUGUCAUCAUCGUCGUCUUUAUCUUCAAGUUCUUGCCAAAAGAGCUCGGCGAGUCCGAGUCAUCCCAUCAAGGACGAGAUUAAGGUGCUUACACCUGGUUCCGACAUUAGUUCCACUUCAAGACACGGGUCCAAUGCAUCGGCAAGUUCAACAAACUCAUCACUACCGUCGGAAUCAGAGACCAUCAAGGCCCCGAAAUCAAACUUGACCAGCUCUCUUUCGAAAUUGAAGAACCAAGACCAAUCUCAACAUCCUCAGCAGCUGCAGCUGCAACUGCAACAACAGGCUGCUGAAGGUAUUGUCACCACUUGCUUCAAUUGCAAAACUCAAAAGACCCCCUUGUGGCGAAAAGACGCCAGUGGUAACACCUUGUGCAAUGCUUGUGGUUUAUUUCUCAAACUACAUGGCACUACUCGUCCUUUGUCUUUGAAAACCGACGUCAUCAAAAAAAGAAACUCAAGAAAAACUCCUUCGAUGGUGACUGGGAACAUGUCCAUGGUGGAUUCCAUGCAAUCAUCAACGUCGGUGCCACGCUCGGUUGGUGCAAAUUCAUUCAUCAAACCCGAUGGCGCAGGUCAAAAGAGGCUCCACCCUGCAAUGGGAUCAUCCGUCCCUAACGGGGUGCUGCUGCAUGGUACGCCCAUCUCCUCCUCCAACUCCACGCAAAGAUUCAAAAAUGUCCUCAUCUUGCCCAAACCACCCAGUGCUUCAAACUUGAAAAGUUCGUUCAACAGCAAAUCGAUUGCAAUUCCUUCUUCCUUACCUCAUGAUCCACUCAGUCUGGAAACCUCACCCGCGUCGGCUUCGUCAUCGGUGGCUUCGUCUUCUUCAUACUCGUAUACUGUAAAUAACAAUCAACCGUUCAAGAGGAAGAAAUCUGAAGUCAAUAUUGCAGCUGCUGCAGCUGCUGCUGCUGCUGGGAUGACGCCGUUAUCGUCAUCUUUUAGCUGCAGCAGAAGCAGAGAUAAUUCCACCGUUUCCUUGACGGGGCAAAGCUAUCAACAACAAUGUCAACCACCACCAUCUUCAUCGCUCAAGAGAACUAACUCGAUAAUCUCGUCCACGUCUUUGAGUAGAAGAACUUCGUUGGUGAAUAUACCGAGUCGGAAAAGCAUUUCAGUUUCCACCCCAAUCAACUCGCUAACUUCAAACAAUGUCAACUCAUGGAGUCAACGAAACCCGCAGUCGAACUACUUUGACGUGCCGCAACAACACCAGCAAAUUUUGCAAAAUCAAUUCCACCAGGGCAGUUUCCAAGCGCAGCACCCCAGCAUAUCGAGGCACAAUUCCGCUACAACUUUCAAUAGCAAUAACCAGAAUUUCAUGAACCACGAUUUUGCUGAUACUCCAUGCUCAUAUAACUCCCCUAGUUCAUUUGCAAACACUCCUCAUCAUCAUCAUCAUCAUCAUUAUCAAAAUCAUCAAAAUCAAAAUCAAAAUCAACCUCAUCAUAAUCAAAUUUCUCAAAAUCACCCUCACCAGCAACAUCAUCAUCACCCUCACCCUCAUUCUCAACAGAGGUAUCAAGAAACUACCCCUAGUUCUGUGCCUGAAACGCCACUCAACGUUGUUGAUCUUCUUCCUUCCUCCACCAAUUCAUACAACAAGACCCCGGCACCACCACCGGCUUCUACACUAACCAGUCAACUACGUCAACAGCAUUUGCAACAACAAACCGGCCCCAAGCUGUUGUUGAAGCAACGGGUAUUGGCAGAAUACCAGGCCAGCAGACCUCCAAUGCAACAACGAUCAGGUAUAGACGAUGAACUCGUGAUGAUGCAAAAUGAUCCGUUCACAUCAAACUCCAACAACUCGGCUUUGGGUGGUGGCGGUGGUGGAGCUCAAGACAACGCAAUGGCUAUGCCCAUAUCGGGAUUCGAUUCUAGUAACGGCGUGAUGAAUGAUGACGAUUUUUUCAAAAACUAUACUAGCUUAAACGAUGACGAAGUUGACAUUGAAGAAAUGAUCAACUUGAACCAGUUUCAGCAAAUGCAAACUCCACAAGAGUCGCAACCGGUGCCAGUCACAUUUGGUAACGACUUCAUGGCAAAGGAUGUCAAGCUUGAAAAUGGCAAUGCCAAUGGAGUAAAUGCCCCUGCGCAUAAGGAUCUAGACUGGUUAAAGUUUGAAUUGUGA